AGUGAUAUGCUCCGGCACCCAGAAUGCACUGAGCGUGACAGGAAGUUCACAAACGCAGUACACACUGAUGAAGGAGAUGUACAGCGGCUGUGAGAUCGUCAUGGGCAACCUAGAGAUCACCAUGAUGGAACAUUGGAGGGACUUCACCUUUCUACAGGUGAGGGGAUGAACAGGUGGAUGAAUGGCAACAGGUGUGUGUGUGUCCAUGCAUGUGUGUGUGUGUGUUUCUUGCAUUAGGAGUGUAUGUAUAAUCUACUCCAGUUCAAUAUAAGUCUAUAUACAGUGGGGAGAACAAGUAUUUGAUACACUGCCGAUUUUGCAGGUUUUCCUACUUACAAAGCAUGUAGAGGUCUGUACUUUUUAUCAGAGGUACACUUCAACUGUGAGAGAUGGAAUCUAAAACAAAAAUCCAGAAAAUCACAUUGUAUGAUUUUUAAGUAAUUAAUUAGCAUUUUAUUGCAUGACAUAAGUAUUUGAUCACCUACCAACCAGUAAGAAUUCCGGCUCUCACAGACCUGUUCGUUUUUCUUUUAAGAAGCCCUCCUGUUCUCCACUCAUUACCUGUAUUAACUGCACCUGUUUGAACUCAUUACCAGUAUAAAAGACACCUGUCCACACACUCAAUCAAACAGACUCCAACCUCUCCACAAUGGCCAAGAGCUGUGUAAGGACAUCAGGGAUACAAUUGUAGACCUGCACAAGGCUGGGAUGGGCUACAGGACAAUAGGCAAGCAGCUUGGUGAGAAGGCAACAACUGUUGGCGCAAUUAUUAGAAAAUGGAAGAAGUUCAAGAUGACGGUCAAUCACCCUCGGUCUGGAGCUCCAUGCAAGAUCUCACCUCGUGGGGCAUCAAUGAUCAUGAGGAAGGUGAGGGAUCAGCCCAGAACUACACGGCAGGACCUGGUCAAUGACCUGAAGAGAGCUGGGACCACAGUCUCAAAGAAAACCAUUAGUAACACACUAAGCCAUCAUGGAUUAAAAUCCUGCAGCGCACGCAAUGUCCCCCUGCUCAAGCCAGCGCAUGUCCAGGCCCGUCUGAAGUUUGCCAAUGACCAUCUGGAUGAUCCAGAGGAGGAAUGGGAGAAGGUCAUGUGGUCUGAUGAGACAAAAAUAUAGGUUUUUGGUCUAAACUCCACUCGCCAUGUUUGUUUGAAGAAGAAGGAUGAGUACAACCCCAAGAACACCAUCCCAACCGUGAAGCAUGGAGGUGGAAACAUCAUUCUUUGGGGAUGCUUUUCUGCAAAGGGGACAGGACGACUGCACCGUAUUGAGGGGAGGAUGGAUGGGGCCAUGUAUCGUGAGAUCUUGGCCAACAACCUCCUUCCCUCAGUAAGAGCAUUGAAGAUGGGUCGUGGCUGGGUCUUCCAGCAUGAUAACGACCCGAAACACACAGCCAGGGCAACUAAGGAGUGGCUCCGUAAGAAGCAUCUCAAGGUCCUGGAGUGGCCUAGCCAGUCUCCAGACCUGAACCCAAUAGAAAAUCUUUGGAGGGAGCUGAAAGUCCGUAUUGCCCAGCGACAGCCACGAAACCUGAAGGAUCUGGAGAAGGUCUGUAUGGAGGAGUGGGCCAAAAUCCCUGCUGCAGUGUGUGCAAACCUGGUCAAGACCUACAGGAAACGUAUGAUCUCUGUAAUUGCAAACAAAGGUUUCUGUACCAAAUAUUAAGUUCUGCUUUUCUGAUGUAUCAAAUACUUAUGUCAUGCAAUAAAAUGCAAAUUAAUUACUUAAAAAUCAUACAAUGUGAUUUUCUGGAUUUUUGUUUUAGAUUCCGUCUCUCACAGUUGAAGUGUACCUAUGAUAAAAAUGACAGACCUCUACAUGCUUUGUAAGUAGGAAAACCUGCAAAAUCAGCAGUGUAUCAAAUACUUGUUCUCCCCACUGUAUAGUGCCAACCUAUUUCCCUGACAACACUAAACACACAAUCAGACGUCAGGCCACAGACUUCCCUUUGCUGCACAGAGUACUACUCAGAGCUCUUAUCAGUGUGCGUCUCCUGUGGAUGAUGUCACUGUCUCCUGUACAAAAUGAGUCUCCUUACAUUCCCCUCCAAAACCUUAGUCACCUCCGCACUGUGGCACUGCCAUGGUAACUUAUCAUAUAGCCAUGGAAACCAGUUAGUUACCCGUAACUAGUUUAACUGGCAUGGUACUGUAGUUAGCUAAUGUUAUGCUCUCAUGGUAACUAUUGAUGAGUGAGAGAAGAAGAGGGCUGUUGUGUUGUGAUGUUAUAGUCAAAGUCAAUGUAGCAUCUUAGUAUUUACAGUAAAUAGUCUUGAAUUAAGGUACAUUAUCCACUACAUCUAUGUCCUUCGCUCCUCGUACUGGAGGGCUACUUGUGUGCAGGUUUCUGUCCCAGCCCAGUUCUAACACACCUGAUUCAGAAAAUCAAGGUCUUGAUGAAUAGUUGAUUCAAUUGAAUCAGGUGACAAAUGCCUGCUCACACUGCACAUCAAAAUCAAUGGUGUACAUUUAACUCUAAAAGUGUUAAAUGUACACUAUUUUCAGUGAACAUAUGAGUCAUAUGAACAUACACUUGAUUAUGUGUAAACUGGACUCACUUUGCUUAGUGCUGACUCUGUUACACUUUCUCAGUGUAAGAAAUGAACACCUGCAGUGUUACAGUAAAUCAUUUGUGGAUACUGUUUUAACACUGGAUGGUGUAAAGUCUAAUUUACAUAUUUCCCAGGGUGCCGUUUCUUUUUGAGUGAAUUGUAGAGUUACCACCCAUGACUGUAUUUGUUAGUAACAGAGACAUGGUUAUUAAAUUAUUUCCUUUUAUAGGCCUUUGGCUUUCACCAAGUGAGUACCUAGGCAAAUGCUAUCAUUAAAAUUAAACUCUAUGACAAUACAAUACAUAUAUCAUACAUAUAUCAUAAGGCCUUACUCUGAUGGCCUAGUUUUACUCUAACACAGUCGGUCCUGGUUUACAGGCCACAUCAGGCCUGCAAGUCACAUUAUGCUGGCUUGCAAAGUAAUGUGUUAUUCCUACUGGAAUCCAGCUAGAGUUAGGAUAUCCAACAGUUGGAAUGUUUAUUCACCCACAACAUACAUUCAGAAUGACUGUCAGGGUUAGGAAAGUUGAUAAGAAGACUACCUAAACCAUUUCAACUGGAACAACCAUUUCAGUAACGGGUGCAAUAAAUCGGAUUAGUUUAGAAACAUUUACACUACCGGUCAAUGUUUUUUAGAACACCUACUCAUUCAAGGGUUUUUCUUUAUUUUUACUAUUUUCUACAUUGUAGUGUAUGUUAUUUAUAUUUGUGUAGCAUAAGAUUAAUCAAUCAAUCAAUGUACAUGCAAAACUACAGAUUGAAAACAAUUCAAAAAAAUCUACCUACAGCAUGCUGGGAAAUAUUAUAAUGAUGAGCGUUGUCUUGGUGGAAUUGUUUUACUCCCCAAAGUGUAAAACAAUAACUCUGGUUAUUAACACCAACACUGGCGGUUCUUUUACACCCCUGAGUGUUAAUUUCACUCUUACAGAGUGAAUUUAACUCCUGAAUCAACACUAGAAAUGUUAAACUGAAAAAUCAUCACUGGCUAAUUUGCUUUGUGCAGCCCUCCAAGAUCGACAAGGAGGAACAUAACUGUAUCCUCAUUCCAUCUGCUCUUUAGAGUAAAACCUUUUUGUUUACUCUUUCCCUCUUCCCUGACCUUUCUCCUCCCCUGUAGUCUAUCAGAGAAGUGACAGGCUACAUCCUCAUAGCCAUUAAUCAGUUCAGCCGGCUGCCACUGGACCAGCUCCGUAUCAUCAGAGGCACCACUCUGUACGAGGACCGCUUUGCUCUGGCUGUCCUCGUCAACUACCAGAAGGACGGCCAACACGGACUGGAGGAGCUGGGCCUCACACACCUCACAGGUACGCGCACACACACACACACACACACACACACACACACACACACACAAACACACAUUCAUGUUACAAAAACAUGUUAAUGGAGAUGAAGAUAAGUCUUUAAGUGAUACACAUCAUCCUCAUGAACAACAACAUGAUUAUCUUGGUCCACAUGCGCUACCAUGCCAACUUCAGUAGUUAACUUUUAUGUUCCCGUCCCAUCAAAGUGUCAGUGACAAAUGGCAGGCAUGUUACUACAAACUUCCCUCUCUAGAGUUGUAGUAUGACUGCGCGUGGGAGGCUAGACAUAAAGAAAGGAGAGCCUGCUAGGCAGGUUGGAUGUUACUGUUGGCACUCCCACACCCACAUAGUACAACCACACCUCUUGUUGACAUGGGUUCAAGGAGGGUCUGUGUGUGUGUGUGUGUGUGUGUGUGUGUGUGUGUGUGUGUGUGUGUGUUUGCCUGUCUGUGUGUCAGGUACAAUAUGAGUAGAUGUCUUUAUGGGAAGUUCCUGCUGGAAUGCUCUUUACUAUGUACCCAACUGUCAGUGUAACAUGAGAGAUGAGUGGAGGCACUAUAGGGUGAGAGAGAAAUACAGAUUUGUGUCAGAUUUGAUUUGGUUACUCACCAAUGGGUUCUGGCCUGUUAUGGCAAUUACCUUGACUAGAAACAGUAAACUAAUUGUGUGUGUGUGUUCCACAGAGAUACUGGAGGGAGGGGUGCAGAUCAUUCAGAAUAAGUUCCUGAGCUACACCCCUCAGGUGAACUGGCUGGACAUAGUGAAGGAUGGAGACUCUGAGGUCAUCAUCAACGAGAACGGGCCUGAACGUGAGUACAGUGGGAGGUACAUGGUAGGAUUCACAGAAGUCAAUGUUAUGUAUUCAGAUUAGUGGUAGGACUGCUACAGUACAGAUAACUUUUAUGUUCAAUGGUUAGGAUCCAUGUUCUUGUAUGAUGUAGCUUUUAUGUUUUCUAACAUUUCUGACAUGUUGUUUUUCAGAGCCAUGUGAUGAGGCAUGCACAGGUCCAUGUUGGGGGCCCAGGAAUGACACCUGCCAGAUCUGUUAGUCACCUGGUUGUAAUUUUCUUACAACACUAGAUAACCCCUUGUCUCAUACAACCCAGCUCAGUCAGAUUGCUUUUCUCAAAGUAUUCUCUCUCUCUCUCUCUCUCUCUUUCUCUCUCUCUCUCUCUCUCCCCCUCAGUGACAAAGACGGUGUGUGCCCCUCAGUGUAAUGGCCGCUGCUUUGGGAGGAGUCCCAGUGAGUGCUGUCAUAUGGAGUGUGCAGGAGGCUGCACCGGACCCCUGGACACAGACUGCUUUGUGAGUUUUCUAUACACACAAGCAUACUGCAAAGAAGUGUUACCAGUAGUUCUGAUAGUCAUUGAAUAGAAAUGAAUGGGUAAAAACUAUACUACUAAGCAAUGCAUAACUGUAUUUUCUCUAUCCAGGCCUGCCGUAACUUCAACAACUCAGGCUCCUGUGUGCCACAGUGUCCCCAGACCCUCAUCUACAACAAACACACCUUCAAACUGGAGCCCAACCCCAGCGCCAAGUACCAGUACGGCUCCAUCUGCGUGGCCCAGUGCCCCAGUAAGUCCACACACAGCAUGCUCUAUCCACUACACCUCACCGGUCAACUCCUGGCCCUAACCAUGACCAUCAUGACAACAUUCAAUCUAUCAAUUUCUAGCAUGGUCCAAUAUCCCUGUGCCCCACUCUUUCUCUGUCUCUCAUUCCUCCUCAGCUAAUUUUGUGGUGGACGGGAGCUCGUGUGUGAGCAGCUGCCCCCCUUAUAAGACGGAGGGGGAGAAAAAAGGAGUGAAGAGGUGUGAGCCCUGUGGAGGCCUCUGUCCCAAAGGUACAUGCCUGUCCAGUGUCCACACAUAACCCCUCAACUAUCAUAGAUCUGUAGAGGGUUCUAUACUCCAGCAACCUGUCCUUAUCACUCAUGUAGUGAAACUUUAGAUUUAUCAAUUAUUUCCUCUCCUCUCCUCUCCUCUCCUCUCCUCUCCUCUCCUCUCCUCUCCUCUCCUCUCCUCUCCUCUCCUCUCCUCUCCUCUCCUCUCCUCUCCUCUCCUCUCCUCUCCUCUCCUCUCCUCUCCUCUCCUCUCUAGCUUGUCAAGGAACAGGCACAGCUUCCAGACAGACAGUGGACUCUCAGAACAUUGACAGUUUCAUCAACUGCACCAAGAUCCAGGGCAGCCUGCACUUUCUGGUCACCGGGAUCAAAGGGUGAGUGACAGUUGCAAUGUCCUAUCAAAAUGGCAUGGCCUGGGGUGGUCUAGUGGUCUAAGACGCUGCAGCUGGAGAACAUGUAUCAUGUACUGCUGCCAGUAUGGUUUCCAAUCUGGUCCAAUGCUCUUUCAGCACUCUCUCCUCUAUCUCUCUCUAUCCAAUAAACAUUUUUUUAAAAUACUUUAAGAAAUCUACACCUUCCUAAUUUUGAGUUGCACCCCCUUUUCCCCUCAGAACAGCCUCAAUUCGUUGAGGCAUGGACUCUAUAAGGGGUCCAAAGCAUUCCACAGGGAUGUUGGCCCAUGUUGACUCCGAUGCUUCCCACAGUUGUGUCAAGUUGGCUGGAUGUCCUUUGGGUGGUGGACCAUUCUUGAUACACAUGGGAAACUGUUGAGCGUGAAAACCCCAGCAGCGUUGCAGUUCUUGACACAAACUGGUGCGCCUGGCACCUACUACCAUAUCCCAUUCAAAGGCACUUAAAUAUUUUGUCUUGCCGAUUCAUUCUCUGAAUGGCACACACACAAGCCAUGUCUUAAUUGUCUCAAGGCUUAAAAAUCCUUCUUUAACCUGUCUCCUCCCCUUCAUCAACACUGAUUGAAGUGGAUUUAACAAGUUACAUCAAUAAAGGAUCAUAACUUUCACCUGGAUUCACCUGGUCAGUCUAUGUCAUAAAGAACAGGUGUUCCUAAUGUUUAUACACUCAAUGUACAGAUGUAGGAUCUUAAUUUGUUGUUGAGAAUUUUGCUGCAAACUUGUAGUGUAUUAAAGGUUAAAAAAGGCUUCUAAAGUUUCUAAUUACCACUUUAAAACGAAAAAUGUAUCAUCCCCUACAAAAAAAAAUCCUUUAAUUAUAAUCCACAUAAUAGUUCACGUCCUGUUGCUGCAGGGGCAUUUUCCUGCUGUAGCAAACUGGCUCAAAUUAAGAUCCUACAGUGAGGGAAAAAAGUAUUUGAUCCCCUGCUGAUUUUGUACGUUUGCCCACUGACAAAGAAAUUACCAGUCUAUAAUUUUAAUGGUAGGUUUAUUUGAACAGUGAGAGACAGAAUAACAACAAAAAAUCCAGAAAAACGCAUGUAAAAAUGUUAUAAAUUGAUUUGCAUUUUAAUGAGGGAAAUAAGUAUUUGACCCCUCUGCAAAACAUGACUUAGUACUUGGUGGCAAAACCCUUGUUGGCAAUCACAGAAGUCAGACGUUUCUUGUAGUUGGCCACCAGGUUUGCACACAUUUCAGCAGAGAUUUUGUCCCACUCCUCUUUGCAGAUCUUCUCCAAGUCAUUAAUGUUUCAAGCGUGACGUUUGGCAACUCGAACCUUCAGCUCCCUCCACAGAUUUUCUAUGGGAUUAAGGUCUGGAGACUGGCUAGGCCACUCCAGGACUUAAUGUGCUUCUUCUUGAGCCACACCUUUGUUGCCUUGGCCGUGUGUUUUGGGUAAUUGUCAUGCUGGAAUACCCAUCCAUGACCCAUUUUCAAUGCCCUGGCUGAGGGAAGGAGGUUCUCACCCAAGAUUUCACGGUACAUGGCUCCGUCCAUCAUCCCUUUGAUGUGGUGAAGUUGUCCUGUCCACUUAGCAGAAAAACACCCCCAAAGCAUAAUGUUACCACCUCCAUGUUUGAUGGUGGGGAUGGUGUUCGGCAGCAUUCCUCCUCCUACAAACACGGCGAGUUGAGUUGAUGCCAAAGAGCUCGAUUUUGGUCUCAUCUGACCACAACACUUUCACCCAGUUCUCCUCUGAAUCAUUCAGAUGUUCAUUGGCAAACUUCAGACGGGCAUGUAUAUGUGCUUUCUUGAGCAGGGGGACCUUGCGGGCGCUGCAGGAUUUCAGUCCUUCACGGCGUAGUGUGUUACCAAUUGUUUUCUUGGUGACUAUGGUCCCAGCUGCCUUGAGAUCAUUGACAAGAUCCUCACGUGUAGUUCUGGGCUGAUUCCUCACCAUUCUCAUGAUCAUUGCAACUCCACGAGGUGAGAUCUUGCAUGGAGCCCCAGGCCGAGGGAGAUUGACAGUUAUUUAGUGUUUCUUCCAUUUGCGAAUAAUCGCACCAACUGUUGUCACCUUUUCAACAAGCUGCUUGGCGAUGGUCUUGUAGCCCAUUCCAGCCUUGUGUAGGUCUACAAUCUUGUCCCUGACACCCUUGGAGAGCUCUUUGGUCUUGGCCAUGGUGGAGAGUUUGGAAUCUGAUUGAUUGAUUGCUUCUGUGGACAGGUGUCUUUUAUACAGGUAACAAGCUGAGAUUAGGAGCACUCCCUUUAAGAGUGUGCUCCUAAUCUCAGCUCGUUACCUGUAUAAAAUACACCUGGGAGCCAGAAAUCUUUCUGAUUGAGAGGGGGUCAAAUACUUAUAAUAAUAAUAAUAAUAAUAAUAAUAAUAAUAUGCCAUUUAGCAGACGCUUUUAUCCAAAGCGACUUACAGUCAUGCGUGCAUACAUUUUUGUGUAUGGGUGGUCCCGGGGAUCGAACCCACUACCUUGGCGUUACAAGCGCCGGGCUCUACCAGUUGAGCUACAGAGGACCACAUACUUAUUUCCCUCAUUAAAAUGCAAAUCAAUUUAUAACAUUUUUGACAUGCGUUUUUCUGGAUUUUGUUGUUGUUAUUCUGUCUCUCACUGUUCAAAUAAACCUACCAUUAAAAUGAUAGACUGAUCAUUUCUUUGUCAGUGGGCAAACGUACAAAAUCAGCAGGGGAUCAAAUACUUUUUUCCCUCACUGUACAUCUGUAUAUUCAAAAUACACAGUAAUGUCAGCUUGUUCACUUUUCAUUGGUCCUCACUACUUCUCUGUUGGUUGAUCUUCUAUACACAGUGAUCCCUACAACAACAUCACAGCUUUGGACCCAGAGAAACUGAAGAUCUUCAGAACUGUGCGAGAGAUCACAGGUGUGUGUGUGUGUGUUGAAGUUUCAAGUGCAUGUGUCAGUUUAGUGGUAGCAGUGUGAGUGAUAUGAUGUAUUUGUGUUUGGAUGGUGUUCUGUGUUUGUAACACACCUUCUCCGGUUGCCAGACAUUCUGAGUAUCCAGUCGUGGCCAGAAACUCUGACAGACCUGUCAGUCUUCUCCAAUUUGACAACCAUACAAGGAAGAACCCUUUACAGGUGACCAUCUGUCUGUCUUCCUCAUUAUACUUGUGUCUCUGUCUCUCUGCACUAAAUAAAUAUCUUGUUCACGCUCUACAUUAUUUGUACACUGAGCCCAUCGCCAUCUCAAUCUGUGUUUAACUGCAUUGUAGACAUGCAUGCAUAGACUGACCUGUUGUGUCUUGUGUGUCUUGUCACCACUUUAUCUCUCAUCCCCUUUCACCCCUUUUCUUAUCCUCUACUAUGUUCCCCUCUCUCUCUGUCUCUCUCUGUCUCUCUCUGUCUCUCUCUCUGUCUCUCUCUCUGUCUCUUCUGUCUCUCUCUGUCUCUCUCUCUGUCUCUCUCUCUGUCUCUCUCUCUGUCUCUCUCUCUGUCUGUCUCUCUCUCUGUCUCUCUCUCUGUCUCUUCUGUCUCUCUCUGUCUCCUCUGUCCCUUGCUCUCCUUCGUCUCUGUCCCCUCUGUCUCUAUCUGUCUCUUUGGGGGGGGGGGGGCGUUCUCAUCUUCUGUCCUCUCUCUCUUCUGUCUCUUCUCCCUGCUGUCCUCGUCCUCUCUCUGUCUCUUCUGUCUCUCUCUGUCUCUAUCUCUGUCCUCUCUCUCUGUCUCUCUCUCUGUAGCUCGCUCUGUCUCCUCUCUCUCUGUCUCUUCUGCGGCCCCCCCUCUCUGUCUCUCUCUCUCUUUUUGGUCUCUCUCCUUUGCCCGUUUUUUUGUCUCUUCUCGGGCUCUCUUGCUCUCGCUCUGGGCUUUGUCUCUCUCUGUCUCCUCUGUCUCUUUCUUGUCUCUUUUCCUUUUCUCUUCUGUCCCCUUCUGUCUCUUCUCGUUUUUCUCUCUCUUCUGUUUUCUCUUUUGUCUCUUUUUCGGGCCUUAUCUCUGUUUUCUCUGGGCUCUUCUUUUCUCUCUCUGGUCUCUCUCUGGUCCCCUCUCUGUUUAUUUCUUCUCUCUAUUUUAUCUCCUUCUUGUCUCUUCGGGCUCUGUCCUUUUCUCCUUUUGUCUCUCUCUCUUUCGGGCCUUUCUUGUUCUCUUCUUGGGGCUCUCUCUUCGGUUCUUUUGUCUCUCUAUUACUCCUCGUUCUCUCGCCCGGUUCUCUCUCUCUUCUUCUGCCUCUUUCCCGGCUCUCUCUCUUCGGGUUUCGGUUUUCUCUGUCUUUGGGCUUCUCUCGGGCUUUCUAUGUCUGGUCUCUUCUCUCUGUCUCUGUUUCUCUGUCUUUGUCCUUUUCUUCUGUUACCUCUUUUGUCUCCUCUGUUUUCUUCUUUUUUCUCUGUCUCUCUUUCUUUUCCGGGUUUUUUCUCUGUCUCUCUCUUUUGUCUCUUCUCUUGUUUUCUCUAUCUGUUCCUUUUAUCGGUCCCCUUUGUCUCUCUCUCGUCUCUGUUUUCUCUCGUUUUUUUCCGGGCUCUCUUCUCUCUCUUUUCUCUUCUCCCCUCUCUCUCUCUCUUCCCCCUCUCUAUUCUCUCCUUCUUUUCUCUCUUCUCUUUUGUCUCUAUCUCUGUCUUCUCUCUUUUUGUCUUCUCUCUUGUGUUCUAUCUUGUCUCUCUUCUGUCCUUUUACUGUCUCUCUGCUUCUCUCUGUAACCCCUCUUGGCUCCUUUUCCCGUCUCCUCUGUCUUUUCCCCUGUCUCUUUUUGUCCUCCUCUUUUCUCCGGGCUCUCUCUGUUCCCGUCUCUUCUGUCUCUCUCUCUGUUUUCUCUUCUGUUUUCUUCUCCCCUUUUUCUCCCCUAUUUUGGCUCUUUUUCUUUUGUCUCUUCUCUGUCUCUCUCGGUUUUUGUUCUGUCUCUCUGUCUCAUCUCUUAUUCUAUUCUUUUUCUCUGUUCCCUAUCUCGGUUUCGCUUUGUUGGGUCUAUGCCUUUCUCUCUCUCCUCUUCCUCUCUUUUUCUUCUGUUCCCCUCUUGUUCUCUCUCCCCUUCGUCUCUUGUCUUUUGUCUUCUUUUUGGUCUCUAUCUUUUGUCUCCCCUCUCUGUUCUUUUCUAAUUUUCUCUCUGUCUUCUCUCUGUCAACUCGCUCUCUCUUUUAUUGUUCCCAAUGUUAUUUUGUUUUUCUUUUGUCUCCUCUCUUUUCUUCUCUCUGUAUUUUCUUUGGGGCUUUUCCGGGUUUUUCUGUUCCCUUUCUUGUCUCUCUCGUUUUUGUCUCGUUUUGUCUCUUCUUCUGUAUUCUUUCUUUCUCCUGUCUUUUAUUCGGUCUCGCUCUCUGUCUCGCUCUCUCUCUCUGUCUCUCUCUCUGUCUCUCUCUUCUGUAUCUCUUUCUUUCUCUCUGUCUCUCUCUAUCUCUAUCUCUGUCUCUCUCUCUGUCUCUAUCUCUGUCUCGCUCUCUGUCUCUCUCUCUGUCUCUCUCUCUGUCUUGUUUGUCCUAUCAGAGGAGGGCGCUCUAAAAGGUACAGUAGUGUUUAUGACAGCUGUUUUACUAAUCUUCCUGAUACUGUGUGAAAUGAUAAGACAACAUCAUACUGACACAAGUUCCUCCUUAUCACCUGUGACUAUGCAUGCUAAACAACAUUUUACUCAGAAUUGGUUAUGUGUUGUGUCUUGAACUGUAUGAGAAGUGUCUCAGUUGGUGGUGGUGGGUGAGGGAUUUGUGUUGAGGUAUAAGGUAACCACUAUCCUCAUGAUUGUAUUUUGAACUUGAUCAUACCAUAUGACCAAGGACACUUCUAUAAGUGAAGAAUUGGGUACUGGGAGUCACUGGGUGAAUAGGUGGCAUUGAUCAAACUAAUCUCAAAGACAAUGACAUAUGCAUUCCCUACAUAACAACACACACAUUUUCUGUCUACAUGUAGACAAUCAAUUAAUGUUUGGAAGCAGCAAUGCCGAUUGCGGGAUUUAUUUUUUAAUCUGUCCUGACUUGAUGUUCCCAGCACCAUUUGUAAAAAAAAAAAAAUCUGAAAUAUCCUCCAUUCCCUCCACCCUGAUGAUUCUCCUCUCUCUGCUCCCUCACCUUUGACCCUCUCUCCUGUUAUCUCACAUACCUCUCUACCCCUCUGCCCUGCUCCUCUUCUUCCUCCUGCGUUCUUCCCUCCUCCCUCUUGUUCAGGGGCUACUCCCUGCUGGUGAUGCGCAUCCCAUCCCUGACCUCUCUGGGGCUGCGCUCGCUGCGGAGGAUCAACGACGGCGGCGUCUACAUCACAGGAAACAAGAAGCUGUGCUACCACCACACCGUCAACUGGACACGCCUCUUCAGCAGCAGCUCCCGCCCACAGCGCCGCCAGAAGAACAUUGAUGUCAAGGAAAACCGGCCCCAGAGCCAGUGUGGUGAGACAGGGGGACAGAGGAGAAAGAGUGGGUGAAAUCUGAAAAUCAUUGAGUGAAUAUGGCGGGUAAACUAGUGAAGUACUAAUAGUUUUUUGCAUAUUUUUUGGUUUGUGUGUAGUUGAGGAGGGGCACAAGUGUGACCCACUGUGUUCGUCGGAGGGGUGUUGGGGUCCUGGGCCGGACCAGUGUAUGUCAUGUAAGAACUACAACCGAGGGGGAACCUGUGUCCAUCAGUGCAGAUUUCUCACUGGGUCAGUACUCAGUCAAAACAAUGUAUCUUUAUUAUAAUGUAAAUUUGUCAGUAUUUCUCAAUGUGUGUGUGUGUGACUAUGUGUUUAACCUCUUUUUCAAUCUCAAUCUCUCUGUUUUUCUCCAGGGAGGGGCGUGAGUUUGUAGGUCCAAAGGACGAGUGUAUGCCCUGUCACUCAGAGUGUGAGGUCCAGGAGGGACAGCCCACCUGCACAGGACCGGUAUGCUCAUCUCUGACCUCUGCCCAUAUCUCUCAAUGCAUCAUAAAAAGACAGUUCUAUAAGCUCAGCGUGAUCAGUUGAAAAGUGUCUCUCAAAGUUCUCAGGACUAUCUGAAAUGUAGCGCUUCACUGCCACCUUGUGGAGGAUAUUUUGGACCACAGUUACAUGGAAAUUGUCAACUCUCCAUCUCUCUCAAUCUCUCUCUCCCUGUCUCCCUCUCUCUCUCUCUCUCUCUUUCUCUCUCUCUCUCUCUCUCUCUCUCUCUCUCUCUCUCUCUCGCUCUCGCUCUCUCUGCAGGGAGCUAAUAUGUGUGUGGUGUGUGCCAGUCUGAGGGACGGUCCCCACUGUGUGUCCUCAUGCCCUGAGGGAGUGAUGGGGGAGAAGGGUCUCAUCUUUAAAUACCCCAACCAUCAGAGACGCUGUGAGCACUGCCACCUCAACUGCACCCAGGGGUGAGAGACGAGUCAGAGAAUGGGGGAGUGUGGCGUGUGUGCGUGUGUGUGUGUGUGUGUGUGUGUGUGUGUGUGUGCGUGCGUGUGUGUUAAAUACCUCUCUGUUCUGUGUUUUCAGUUGCUCAGGCCCAGGCAUUGGGGACUGUUUGGACUCCUCCAGAUUAACCACUGGGUGAGUGUAGCCUCUAUCUUUUCUCUACCUGUGACUGACAACCUGAUUUCUCCUCACUGUAAUGACAAUUAAAGUGUGUUCUGUGUUCUCUAGUCUAGAACAUAGCAAUCUUCAUUAUUCUACAGUGCAUUCGGAAAGUAUUCAGACCCCUUGACUUUUUCCACAUUUUGUUACGUUACAUACAGCCUUAUUCUAAAAUGGAUUAAGUUGUUUUUUUCCCUCAUCAAUCUAACGUAACAAAAUGUGGAAAAAGUCAAGAGGUCUGAAUACUUUCCGAAUGCACUGUAUAUCAGGGGCUGAUUGGCUAAUACCUCUUCCUGUGUCUCUUUCCAGCCAAUCCAUUACAGGCAUCGUUCUGGGAGUUUUGGCAGCAGUAAUAGUGGGCUUCUCCAUCUUUGUGAUGAGUGUUCUGUACCGGAGAGGUCUUGCCAUCCGGCGCAAGAGAGCCAUGAGGCGAUACCUGGAGAGUGGAGAGGUGAGGAGGGAGGAGAGGGGAGAUGAGGGAGGGGAGGGGAGAUGAGGGAGGGUGUGUGUAUUUGUGUGUGUGUGAGAGAGAGAGAGAAAAUACGGAUUUUUUUAAAAGAGUGUGUGUGUGUUGUUGUCUUGAUAUGUCCUGAUAUUAACUGUGUGCAUUUGUGUGUGUCCGUAGAGUUUAGAGCCCUUGGACCCUGGUGAGAAGGGGGUCAAAGUUCAUGCCAGGAUCCUGAAGGUCAGAGAGCUCCGUAAGCUCAAGCUGCUGGGCACCGGGGUGUUUGGCUCCAUCCACAAGGUGCUUACAUCAUCAACCGUCGCCCUCUUAAACCCCCUAUUAUCAUCACCACCCUGCACCUCUCUGAUGUUCCUACCAUUUACCAUAGGCCCUAUGUGUAUUGUGCUACUUACCUUGCUGGUCUUUGUUUCAUGGUGAGGUAACCCCUCUCCCCUUGUCUUUUCCUCCACCUUUCUCAGGGCAUUUGGAUUCCUGAGGGAGAUUCAGUGAAGAUCCCUGUGGCCAUAAAGACUAUUCAUGAUCGAACGGGGCGGCAGACCUUCCAUGAGAUCACAGACGUAAGAAAACACAAUAUAUACUGUCACACACCCAUUCUCAAGAACACCUGCCCCUUCAAAUCAUAACUGACCUGAUAACACUUAUCUUGACUCUGUUUACUAAUGCUGAUUUUUCUAUUAACCCCUGCAGCACAUGUUGGUGAUGGGUAGCUUGGACCACCAGUACAUCGUCAGGCUCUUAGGCGUCUGUCCAGGUGCCAGUCUCCAGCUGGUCACCCAGCUCAGCACUCAGGGGUCCUUACUGGAGCACAUCAGGCACUACAGGGACAGCCUGGACCCACAGAGGCUUCUCAACUGGUGCGUGCAGAUUGCCAAGGUGAGAUACCCUCUGUGUGUGUGUGUGUGUGUGUGUGUGUGUGUGUGUGUGUGUGUGUGUGUGUGUGUGUGUGUGUGUGUGUGUGUGUGUGUGUGUGUGUGUGUGUGUGUGUGUGUGUGUGUGUGUGUGUGUGUGUGUGUGUGUGUGUGUGUGUGUGUGUGUGUGUGUGUGUGUGUGUGUGUGCGCGCGAUUGUUUAUGUGACCGAGGUGUGUGUCCUCUCCCCUGUCAGGGUAUGUACUAUCUGGAGGAACACAGGAUGGUCCACAGAAACCUGGCAGCAAGGAACGUUCUUUUGAAAAGUGACUACAUGGUCCAGAUCUCUGACUACGGCAUCGCAGACCUGCUAUACCCUGACGACAAGAAGUACGUCUACAAUGAGGUCAAGGUGUGUUGACUUCUUGGUUAGGUCACAUGGUCCGGAAAAUCUUGUCAUGGACAAUGUCUCAGCCUACUUCUAUCUUCUUCUCCAAAUUGUCUAGAAGCAUCUGCUGUUGUUUCUGUUAGGUGAGAUGUUGACUAGAUACAUGGCCUGUUUAUUUUCUGUUAGGUGAGAUGUUGACUAGAUACAUGGCCUGUUUAUUUUCUGUUAGGUGAGAUAUUGACUAGAUUCAUGGCCUGUUUAUUUUCUGUUAGGUGAGAUGUUGACUAGAUACAUGGCCUGUUUAUUUUCUGUUAUGUGAGAUGUUGACUAGAUACAUGGCCUGUUUAUUUUCUGUAGGGUGAGAUGUUGACUAGAUACAUGGCCUGUUUCUUUUCUGUUAGGUGAGAUGUUGACUAGAUACAUGGCCUGUUUAUUUUCUGUUAUGUGAGAUGUUGACUAGAUACAUGGCCUGUUUAUUUUCUGUAGGGUGAGAUGUUGACUAGAUACAUGGCCUGUUUCUUUUCUGUUAGGUGAGAUGUUGACUAGAUACAUGGCCUGUUUAUUUUCUGUAGGGUGAGAUGUUGACUAGAUACAUGGCCUGUUUCUUUUCUGUUAGGUGAGAUGUUGACUAGAUACAUGGCCUGUUUAUUUUCUGUUAUGUGAGAUGUUGACUAGAUACAUGGCCUGUUUAUUUUCUGUAGGGUGAGAUGUUGACUAGAUACAUGGCCUGUUUCUUUUCUGUUAGGUGAGAUGUUGACUAGAUACAUGGCCUGUUUCUUUUCUGUUAGGUGAGAUGUUGACUAGAUACAUGGCCUGUUUCUUUUCUGUUAGGUGAGAUGUUGACUAGAUACAUGGCCUGUUUCUUUUCUGUUAGGUGAGAUGUUGACUAGAUACAUGGCCUGUUUCUUUUCUGUUAGGUGAGAUGUUGACUAGAUACAUGGCCUGUUUAUUUUCUGUUAUGUGAGAUGUUGACUAGAUACAUGGCCUGUUUAUUUUCUGUAGGGUGAGAUGUUGACUAGAUACAUGGCCUGUUUCUUUUCUGUUAGGUGAGAUGUUGACUAGAUACAUGGCCUGUUUCUUUUCUGUUAGGUGAGAUGUUGACUAGAUACAUGGCCUGUUUCUUUUCUGUUAGGUGAGAUGUUGACUAGAUACAUGGCCUGUUUCUUUUCUGUUAGGUGAGAUGUUGACUAGAUACAUGGCCUGUUUCUUUUCUGUUAGGUGAGAUGUUGACUAGAUACAUGGCCUGUUUAUUUUCUGUUAUGUGAGAUGUUGACUAGAUACAUGGCCUGUUUCUUUUCUGUUUGGUGAGAUGUUGACUGGAUACAUGGCCUGUUUAUUUUCUGUUUGGUGAGAUGUUGACUGGAUACAUGGCCUGUUUAUUUUCUGUUUGGUGAGAUGUUGACUGGAUACAUGGCCUGUUUCUCUACGUGUUUUGUAUUGUUGCCAUGAACACUAACUAAUAGGUGUUUUUUCCAGUGGCCACAGGCUUUGAACUGGGUGUAACUCAUGGUGGGCGGCAGGUAGCUUAGUGGUUAAGAGCGUUGUGCCAGUAACCGAAAGGUCGCUGGUUCUAAUCCCCGAGCCGACUAGGUGAAAAAUCUGUCGAUGUGCCCUUGAGCAAGGCACUUAACCCUAAUUGCUCCUGUAAGUCGCUCUGGAUAAGAGCGUCUGCUAAAUGACUAAAAUGUAAAUGUAAAUGUAAUAGUUCCCUGUCUUGUCUCUCUCACCACAGACGCCCAUCAAAUGGAUGGCUCUGGAGAGCAUCUUGUUCCGCAGAUACACACAUCAAAGUGAUGUCUGGAGCUAUGGUGAGUCACUGUGUGUGUGUAUGUUUCAUGUGCUUUUAUAGACUUUUAUAUCAAUGGUAAGUUGAAAGUACUUGUGUGUAUAUGUGUAUGUUGACUUACCAUGAUUUUACAAUGUCAAUUAUAUUUCUCCGUCUUGCAGGAGUGACAGUGUGGGAGAUGAUGUCAUAUGGGGCGGAGCCCUACUCAACGAUGCGUCCACAGGAAGUGCCUGACCUGCUGGAGAAGGGCGAGCGUCUCUCCCAGCCACACAUCUGCACCAUAGAUGUCUACAUGGUCAUGGUCAAGUGUGAGUUCCUACCCUCUCUCCUUCACCCACAAUACCUAUCAGAUCUGUGUGAAAUUUGUUAGAGUACAUUGCAUGUACAGUAUUACAUUGUAAUAAUUAGUUUUGCUAUGAAAGUAUCGUUUAUAAAGGAUGUACAAACAACUGACACUAUUUUCAAUGGGACUCACAUGGCAUUAUCAUAAUUUACAGGCUGGAUGAUUGACGAGAAUGUCCGUCCCACCUUCAAGGAACUGGCCAAUGAGUUUACCAGAAUGGCCAGGGACCCGCCUCGGUACCUUGUGAUCAAGGUAAGACAGAAUGCCACCCUUGGGAGAAAUCAGUAAUCAAUAGCCAUAUAAAUCAAAGUUUGCUAAGAAUGUGUUUUUUGGAGUCCACUCCCAGAUGCCAAUCAUUACAGUCCUAAGACUGUGCCGUUGCUUGUUCAUCCACACCAAAUGUCAGCUCAUGAGGAUAAUAAUGAUGAUGUUGUUAGUGAUGGUGGUGAUGAUGAUGAUGAUGAUGAUGAUUGAAGUUUAUUUCUUUAUCUUCCUCUGUCCACCAGGGGGACUGCAGCCCGUCGGACUCUCCCUCAGACGAGUCUCACCACCGGGGUACAGAGCUGGAUCACAUGGAGGUGGGGCUGGAGGACCAGGAUGAGGAGAGGCUAGGGGACGGCAUGGCCACACCUCCUCUCUAUCUGUCACAGGCCAGGAGUAUUUCUCGACUCUCACGAAUGGAAAGCCACAGGGUGAGGGGUCAUAUGAGGCAUCUCUCCCUAUGCAUACACUUUAUACUGUAUGGGGCCAGGAGUUUUUCCGGACCUAUAGUCCUGGUCAGGGCACGUGGUAAAUAUAUAACAUGGGCAGAUCGAAACAACCUUUUGGUUAUCCUGUUUUUUUCUAACUCCCAUCAUGUCCUGUCCCAUUCCUGUAUUCCCCUCAGGGUGUACACAGCAGUCAGGCUGGAUACCUGCCCAUGACCCCAGGACUGGAUAACCCUCAGGUCAGUCACUGGAGAUGACAAAGAUACAUGAAAACCUACUGAAAACGUCUACAUGCUAACACAUUUAUUAUUGAAAGUCUUCUACCCUAUAUCAUUCCUAUAGGGUUGAUCACUCAUAUUGCAUUAUACCCCCUGUUCCUCUGUAUAGAUGGUGUGGCUGCCAGCGUCUCGCUCUCGCCUCAACUCCGCCCGCACUGUGUCAGAGAGCUCCGAGGGCAGGGGCACGUUGGUGGAGCUGGAGAUGAGCGAGGACUUCUUAUUGGCUGGCAGCCUACAGAGGAAGCGGCAUCGGGAGGACAGUGCCUACAUGUCUCAGAGGGACAGCAUGUCAGGGGGGCCACCUGAGACCCCCUCCCCUGACACAGAGGGGGAGGAGGACCAGAACGGAUACGUGCUCCCCGGACUGGGUGACAGUCCAGAGAGAGGUGAUACCAUAGAUACAUUUUCUUUAAGCCAUAUAAAUAGAGUCAUAUGUUUUUGUAUGACGUGUUAGUGGAUGGUUGCAUGAUCAUUGUUAUAACUCAAAGUGUCAGUGUUAAUUGCAAGAGUACUCAGAUCAUUUCAGAUCUCUGGAUCACCUUACUCACUCCUCUUUCCCUUGUCACUGUUCUCCACAGAUACGCUACUGUCUAGCUCACGGGUCACCCUUCCUCAUGGGAGGACGCCCAAGGUUCCCUCAUACCCAUCAGGACCCUCAGAGGACCAUGACAGUGCCUGUGAGGAAUAUGAGUACAUGAACAAACAGGCGUGCAUGAUGUCUCUCUCCCCCAGGCAGCAGCCUGGCCAUUCCAAAGAUGGCCAGUGGCUGAAGAUGAAGAAGAGGCAACGCUCUUCUCUGCCAUCCCCGGAUACAGAGUACACAGAGUGCACGGGGCACAGGACAUCAGCUGGGGAGAACAGGGGAGGCCAAACCAAGAAUGAAGAACACCAGGACUAUGAAUCCCCUGCCCUCAACUCUGAUUCAGACAAAAUAGAGGAAAGGGGUUCUGGUGACGUUGAAUAUGAGUACAUGGACAUUCGAAGUGUUGGACCAGAGGCCAGUGAAAGACCAGACUAUCCCCCACCACGAGUUGUCCCUCAUCCUGGAGCUACGCCCAAACAGCGGAUGAGAGGCGAGAGAGAGGUGGAGGAAGAGGAGGAGGAGGAUGAAUACGUAGAAGAGGACGACUAUCAUUACACUAACAGGCAGCCCAAGCUGCGGCAGGCUCUGCGAGGCAGGGAGGGGCUGAGGAUGCAGAGAGGAGGAGAGGGAGAGGUGGAUGAGUACGAGGACAUGGAUUCCCUGGCCGCUCCUGGAGCUGGGGACCCAGUGGAGUACGAGAAUUUGCAGGGAGAAGGUGAGGGUGUAGUGGGGGGCAUGGGGGGUCAGCGCACAGGGAUGGGGGCAUUUGUAAAAGUGCGUGCAGGGGUAGGGGUGGGGGAGCCUGGUGGCGGAGAUCGCUCAUUUGACAAUCCAGACUACUGGCAGAGCAGGUUGUUCCUGAAGCCUAACGCUGUGAGCACGUAG